GUAUGUACCCACAACCGUUUACCGAAAGUGCAUUUCGUUCAUGAUCCCGGAAAUUAAAAAAUAUAGUGUUUAAUAGUUAAGACUAGGGUUUACAGUGGUGUUGGUUAGUCGCGGAACAGUAGCGCAGUGUCGAGUAUCCACAUACAGUAUCCACCCUUAUUGUGAUAUUAGUUAAACUGUUAUUAAUAAUAAGUCUUUAAAUUAGGCUUAUUCUCAAAACAGACAUUCUAGCGUUCGACGAACUGUCUACAGUAUCAAAAAUGGAUUUUGAUGAUGAGACCAUGGAUGCCGAAAGGAAAAAACUGAAAGAACAAAUUAAAGUUCAAGGCGAUAUUGUGCGACAACUAAAGUCUGAAAAAGCUGACAAAGAUAAGAUUGAUGAAGAAGUAUCCAAGUUAUUGCAGCUUAAAGCUCAAAUCACUGAAUAUGGCACACAGACAUUUGUGCUUAAGACGCCCAAGGGCACACGUGACUUCAACCCCGAACAAAUGGCUAUACGAGAAGGGGUAUUCAAUAAAAUCAUCCAGUGCUUUAAACGACAUGGUGCAGAGACGAUUGAUACGCCAGUCUUUGAACUCAAAGAAACACUGACGGGGAAGUAUGGUGAAGAUUCGAAGUUGAUCUACGACCUCGCUGAUCAGGGGGGAGAACUGUUGUCACUCCGAUAUGAUCUCACCGUUCCUUUUGCUCGGUAUUUAGCCAUGAACAAAAUAUCCAACAUCAAAAGAUACCACAUAGCCAAGGUGUACCGGCGUGAUAACCCAGCGAUGACCAAAGGGCGAUUCAGGGAAUUCUACCAGUGUGAUUUUGACAUUGCUGGCCAGUUUGAUGUGAUGUUGCCAGAUGUGGAAUGCAUUAAAAUAGUUGUGGAAAUCCUAGAUGCCCUGAAACUUGGAGAUUUUAUCAUAAAAGUAAACCACAGGCAGCUGCUAGAUGGGAUGUUUGCUGCAUGUGGAGUCCCAGACGACAAGUUCAGAACAGUAUGUUCUUCUGUUGACAAACUGGACAAGACUCUUUGGGCCGAAGUGAAAGCUGAAAUGGUCAACGAGAAAGGCCUGGAUCCUGCCGUUGCUGACAAAAUCUGGGAAUACGUACAGCACAAAGGUGGGAUAGAUCUGAUUGACCAGCUGUUGAAGGAUGAACACCUCAGCAAGCAAAAACCUGCAGUGAAGGGAUUGGAGGAGCUUCGAAUACUCCUCGAGUAUUGUCAGAUUUACAAUAUCCUCGACAGAGUAUCAUUUGACCUGAGUCUGGCACGAGGUCUUGACUACUACACAGGGGUCAUUUAUGAAGGCAUCCUUACAGGUCACACUCACAAACCCGGUGGUGGUGAAAAUGGUGAGGAAGCGACCGGUGUCGGGAGUGUUGCAGGUGGCGGUCGCUAUGAUGGUUUGGUUGGAAUGUUUGACCCCAAGGGCAAGCUUGUCCCAUGUGUUGGUGUCAGCAUUGGGAUUGAAAGACUGUUUGCCAUCAUGGAAGCCAGAGCAAAAGCGGCCAAUGAGAAACCCAGAACCACCGAGACGGAGGUGUACGUGUUGUCAGCUCAGAAGGACAUGGUCAAAGAGAGGCUUAGACUAUGUCAGGAACUGUGGGAUUCAGACAUCAAAACGGAACAGUCUUAUAAAAACAACCCAAAGGCUCUGGAUCAGUUCCAGUACUGUGAAACGAACUGCAUUCCAUUGGCUAUCGUCAUCGGCCAGUCUGAGAUCGACAAAAAUGUGGUUAAACUCAGAGUAAUAGCAACAAGGGCAGAGCGGGAGGUUUCCAGAGCUGAUAUGGUUGCAGAAAUCAAGAAAGAACUAGCAGCUCUAUCAUAAGGAAUAUUCCAAACGACAUCACAUUCUUGGGUCCUUUUUCUGACUCCACAAUGACGUUUUCUACACAACAGCUUAGCUUGCCAGCAUUAGACUUUUGAUGUCAUAAACAUUGAAAUGUGUCAAAAUAAAUAUUCAUAAACUGAUUUAUUUUUUUUGUAAAAUGAACAUUGCAAGAAUGAGUUAACCCGUGUCAAAUAAAUUGUGAAAUAAUCAACAUGUAAUCUCCAUUUUGGGGGAACCAUCUUCUUCCAUACCAGGGUCCAAGGUUGACCAGUCAGUUGGUCUGUGCCUCGUGAUCAUUUCUUUGAUGAUCCCACCUACUAACUUCACUCCCAUGAAGAUUAAUUAAAUAUUAAGUGUAAGAUGUUGAUAAAAAAAAAUUAAAAGCAACACGAGUCUGCAAUCUGAUUCAGAUGUAUUAUGUUUUAAAUGUUAAAACAAAAACGCUAUAAUUGAUUAAUUUGUACAAUUAGAAAAUAAAUUAUUACAAGUGUAUAGAGAUCCAACAUGUUAUACAUGUCUGGGAGUUAAAGGGGCAAUCUCAGAGUUGCAUACUUGCACAAAAUAUUUAUUUUGUCUUGCAAAAAUUUUAAAAUUACAUUUCAAAUUACAUGCUCACAAAAUAAUACAUCCAAAUAAUUUCAUUUACUAUUUUAUAAUACUGCAAAAUCUAAUAAGCAUGACCAACAUAUUAACAUGUGGCAUCACACUUUGAAUUUGAAUUGCAUCUUCACAUUGACAUAAUAGAACUAAACUGACUGCUACUUUAAUGAAUACAUGAUGAAUAUUUUCUGUGUACCAUACUUUAUAUUUUUGGCAAAAGAAUUUUUCUGAAAAACACUGUUAUUUUUGCAAAGAUUGUGUAUGAGAUGAAUUAGUUAUUUAUUACAAAUACAGGUAACGAUAGUGAAAUGAAACACAUGCACGUUUUAGAAUGCACCUUUACACUUUGCCAAGAGGGGAUUAGCUGAAGUUGACAGUCAUAUGGAAAAAGAGAUCAUAACACUGAAAAUCAAAUGUAAAUGCAACUAAAUCCAUUUUUAACCUAAUAAAAUAUUAAUGUCGUAUUGCUUAAUAUGCAUAACAUUUUUGUUUGUUUGUGUGGCUUUGCAGUAAACAGUUGAUUUCUAAUGAUAAUAUGCCUUUUUUUAAAAUUACACAGGAAUAUCAAAUUAAAUAUAGGUCUGCUACUCGCACAUUAUAUAUUUAGUUAGUCUAUUCCUGUUGAUACUGUGUAAAUUUGCUACUUGUCUACAAAACACAUAAUAAAUAAACUAUUAUCAACCUGA